CCAUAUGCUUUCAUCAAAUAACCCAAUAAAAAGAUCAAUACAAAAGAAAAUCAUCGCUUUUCUUUUCUAAUCCGAAAAAGCGAAAUUUCACGUGUCUUGCCACCAUUAGCCACAAACUAUCAUCACCUGCUCCUUUGGGCGAAUGGAAUGGCUGGUAAUAGCAAAUCACAUGGCGCUCAUUUCUAACCCAUUUCCUCUUUCACUUCUUCCACUUCUUCUGCUGCUCCUGCUGCUCUUCCCAUCAAUGCCUCCCAUUGUCACUGACUCAGAAAAGGUUCUCAACUCUUCUUUACUACAAAAUUGGCUACUUGACUCAAUUCUAAUUUAUAUCCAAAAAACUUCAAUCCCCAUUAAACGUUUCAACAAUCAACCUAAAAAUUGUAAUUUACUAAAAUUAUUGAAAUUUAUUAAAAUCGAUACCAAUGGCAUUGUAAAAGCUUUGCUAUCUGAUUCCUCUCAUUCAAUCUUAUGUGAAUUUUCAAAAAAUGCCAUUUCAAAUUACGAAAGAAAAAACAAAUCAAGACUAACAAACUCAACUACAAACUCUAUAUUCCUAAUUAAAAACUCAACUCUACUUUUCUUAAAUUACAAUCAAUUAAUCAAUCAAUUUGACUUCAAAUUAAAUCAAAUUGGUUUUUUCAUUCGAAAAAGUAUAUACAGUUUGGGAAAUGAGUGGAAAAUUACGUUAUAUUAUAUUGGAUGUAUAAACAGAGGAGUAACAACAAAAUAAUAAAAUAACAAAAUAAUAAAUUAGAAUAGGAAUAGGAAUGGGAAUAAGAACAAGAACAAGAAUAGGAACAAGAAUAGGAACAAGAAUAGGAACAAGAAUAGAAAUAGGAAUAAACCAGAAUCAAAACAAAUUAACAAUUAGUGAAAAGCAUCGACCAGCAAUA